CCUCGCCCUUCCCUCGGUCCGUCCGGUUCGCAACAAACUUCAAACUUCGCCCGUUCCCAUCACGAUCCGGCACACUCGCUUCCCCUACCAGCCUACAGCUUUCUGUUGCUCGUCCACCUUGCCUCUGCGUCAACCCUGCUAAUAACUGUCGUGGCCUCCCCCUUAGCGACUUCUCGAUCAGUUUGCACCAGCGUCGACCUCUUUCACGACAUCUUCCUGGGCGCUACCAGCUGCCACCCGAGCAGUGCUGGCGUCAAGCCCCAGUCAGAUAAUGAGCUCGACUUGACCAUAUGUAUCGUCAUGAACCAGAUCACCGGCCACAUGCAGUGGAUGGGGUAUGGAAAGUUUUCCGAUUGCUGCACACACUGCACCAUUUCACAGCCCAUGGGCGAAGCCAAAGCAGUUGCUUAUCUGCUCGUGUGAGCCGCUGGUGGGCGGCCGAGGCUUCGUCGAGUCGACUCUCAACCAGGAAGAGGGCAUCGCUAACCAUAUGAGAACGCUCAAGUGCGUAGGCGGCCCGGCUUCCCUCGCUCGUGGC